CGGCUUUAUUGAUCAUCUUCAUCCCCAACAACACCCACUUGUCUAUCAGUAUCUGGAAGGCAGCACAGCGCCACGGACGGGGAUCUGGAGUUCCUUCAUCUGCAAUUUGCCGCGGCGACAUGACUACCACCGCCCGCAGUCAGAACCAAGCACCGGCCGCCGACUCCGACUCCGAGCUCCCAACCCCGUCAGACUUCGUGGACGACCGUCCGCUGGUCGACGAUGCCUUCGACACCACGUAUGUGGAAAAGAAAACCAAACCGCCCAUGAGGCUGGUGUGGCGGAAUAUCUUCCUGAUGGGGGCCCUCCAUCUCUCGGCAAUCUAUGCCGUCACCCUGGUGCCUUCUGCCAAGCUUCUGACCUGGCUCUGGUCCGCCUUCUGUUUCUUGUUGAGCGCCCUUGGGGUGACGGCGGGCGCCCACCGACUGUGGAGCCACCGAUCCUACUCUGCCACCACGCCGCUCAGAGUGUUCCUGGCCACCGCCAAUUCAAUGGCUUUCCAGAACCAUAUUUAUGAAUGGGCAAGGGACCAUCGGGUGCAUCACAAGUUCUCUGAGACAGAUGCUGACCCUCACAACGCCUCCCGUGGCUUUUUCUUUUCCCACGUUGGUUGGCUGAUGGUUCGGAAGCAUCCAGAUGUGAUUGAGAAGGGGAAGAAGCUGGACCUUAGUGAUCUGAAGGCAGACCCUGUUGUCAUGUUUCAGAAAAAGUACUAUAAACCCUCUGUGGUGCUACUGUGCUUUGCCCUCCCAACGUUUGUUCCCUGGUACUUCUGGAAUGAGACUCUUUGGAAUUCCUACUUCCUGGCUGCCAUUCUGCGCUACACGUUGGUGUUGAAUGCCACCUGGCUGGUGAACAGUGCAGCUCACAUGUUUGGCAAUCGACCUUAUGACCGAACGAUUAAUCCCCGGGAGAACAGAUUUGUUGCAUUUGGGGCAAUAGGAGAAGGUUUCCACAACUACCACCACACGUUCCCGUAUGACUACUCAACCAGUGAGUAUGGCUGGCGAGGGAACAUCACCACCUGCUUCAUCGACGCUGUGUGUUGGCUCGGGCUGGCCAGUAACUGUAAGAAGGCCCCGCGGGAGGUGGUUAUGGCCCGCAGGCGGAGAACUGGUGAUGGCAGCAUCAGAAGUGGCUGAGCGUGCUUGAGUGAGCAGACUGUCAACAUACUCUGUUGCUCCCCCAAUGCCAAAGACUCCACCAGUCACGAAGGCAGUUUUGUCAGCAGUUAUGAUUUUUAAGGUGGAAUCCUUUUUAAGAAGUCUUCUAUCCACAUACCAGUAAACUGAUGAAAGACCUGAGAAUAGAAGGCCGCUUUAAAUAUAACAAUUGUGCUUCAUUAUUGAUAGUAGACAUGGUUCAUGCUGAAUUUUGGAAUUGGCACCUUGUUGAAAGGUAAUCUUUGGGGCAUCAGGUAUACAGCUUGUCGUUUUACCAGAACUGUUUAGUACCAAUGUGUUAGCAUUGUAAGCUCCUAACCCCCUUCCACACAUACCCCUGCUUCAAAGAUUCCUUGCACAGGUAACAGAUUUUGCAUUUAAAGGAUUCCAUCUUAACUCCCUCAAACAGGUGCUAGGGAUACAAAUUUAAAACAAAAACCUGGAUUAGAGGGAAGUACUUUUGCAAAUAUUUGGCGCCAAAUGCCAGCAUUAAUGAUACAGAAAAUGAUUUGGAUUGAGAUUGAGGUGCCUCAAAUUCUGGCUACUCUAGAGUCCUUUCAAAGGUUGAUGGCAUGCCAUUAAUUGCUGUCUAUUCAACAUUUCAAGUUUGUCACAUUCAAUAACCAUGCAAUAUAUCACUUAUACCCAUUGCCUUUUAUAAUUUUUGAUUUUCUUUAAGUUUGUAGUUGCAAAACUCUGUACCCUAGAUCAUUAAUUGAUUUUUAAAAUUUAUUUUGUCAGCAUUUGAGUGGGGUAUUGGCCUUAAGAUCACCCAAUCAGUUCAAUCCACAACCUUGAUCUCCCUCCAUGCUGACCAGUAAUAUUGUUUUUGACCCAAGGAAGACAGAUGUUUAGUUACUAAUUUUUUUUUGUGUGCAUCAAACAUUCAACACUACUGCAUUUUCCCCAUUCCCCUCUCCACCUCACUUUCUCAUGAACGUAAAUAACAGUUCUAAUAAACUGAAAGCCAGAGUUUAGCUUCCUUUACAGGGGAACGGGGAGAAUUGAGCAUUAGCACACAUUGUGCUCUGUACACUUGGAUAAUGAUUGAUAUGAUAGUUCACACCAAACUUUACUGAGGGUGAGGAUCUACCUGCACCAAACACAAUCUUUGUUUCAACUAAUUCAGUGUAUCAAUGUACAGGAUUGCCUGUGGAUUUUUUUUUCUCGCUGGAGAUGGAACUUAUAUGGUCAAGAAUGCAUAUGAAGUUUCCUUUUGAAAGAUGCUUUAUUCUUGAUUUUUUUUUUUUCCAAGUCUUUGAAUUUCCUUUUUGGUGUAAGGUGUGAUGCCAUUGUUGUAUUUUGUGAGACUGAAUGUUGUGCUUCAAUAAUCAUGCUGAAAUACUAAUAUAAAACACUGCAGAAAAAAAAACUUGCUGUUGAAACUGUCCCAGGUCUCCAGGGUUGAUUUAAGUUUCCUAAAACUCGACUUGCUGCACAGCAUUGUUCCAGAACCUGUGACACAGCAACUCUUGCAUCCUCCCACAGUACAAUGCGAGCUACAGUGAAUGUAGAGUAGGUUGGGCUUCAAUCCAGAAAUGGCUGAGCAAAUGUUUCGGGUGCCUCAUAAAUGGGUAAUAGCUGAAGUCAGUUUGCUCUUUGAACAGCAGUAAUGACACUUACGAGAUUUUUAUCCCCCCUCCAGCUCCUGCUCUUGCCUCUGGAAUUUCUCCUUUCAGAUAACCCUCUAGUGCAGAGUUAAGGGUUGAUAAUUUCCCCUGGAUGUGGUCUGGACACGAGUUGUUUCCAAAUAGUUGGAUUGAAGGGUUAAAGUAAAUUCUAGUAAACUACCUGACUUGCUAGAUGCUUGUAACAAAAAUUUCACCAGUAAUUCAUUACUUUUCCACUAUUGCUACUUAUAUUGCAAGCUGACCUCGCCUAGUAGACAAACUUGGUUUUACACAGGUUGUGAAACUUAGCUGGGUUAUGAGUUGCAAUGUGCUGUGAUUUAAGAUAUUCCCUUAAUUUGAAGGAAGCCAAACCUAUCACUUAAUUAAAAUAUUCCUUUCACCUACAACCUUAAUGAUUCAUCUUGGGAGGAAUGAGGGGAGAAGGUUUAACAACACCAAGUUGCAGAGAUGUACUGCUCCACUGUAUUCAAAUGAAACGCUUACAUCCCACAAUAAUACUGGCAAUGGGUCUGCAGAAGCUGGAAUCUAUUAAACCAUGGGACAGAAUCCCAACUUGCCUUUGCUUGAUGUAUCCACUUUAACAAGAGCUUGAAGAACAACUACUAAUCAUGCCAAUCAGCAACUCUGAGCAGAACACUCUGUAAAGUCAAUAUCCCAAAAGUGUGGCAAUCUCCUGUUCACCAACACUGUCGUCUGGAACCUGCUGUGAGUCAUGUUAUUGUGUUGAUCUUUAUGCACUUGUAUCAGUGCCAGUUGUUCCUGUUUUAACAGAGGCAAUAUUUAAAAUAAACAAUUUAACUUCC